GCCUGCAAGGUCAAAUAAAUCUAAGGCAUAUGAAUUGCGUCAGUCUAUGCGUCAAAUUCCCCUCUGACGACUGGAAACAUAAUGAUUACGUUUUCUGAGGACUACUUAUACCUAUCAAGAUUCUGAACUUGCAUUAUGAACUCAGCUCACAUAAGCAUCCAUUUUGAGCAUCCUCCUGAGUAUUUAGCAUCGUGAACGACGAGCUCUUCCAUCCGUGAGACUUUAGAGAAAGCUGAUAGGCUCAAUCGCAACAGUUCUAAAUGUGUUUUUUUCCAGCGACUUGGUAAGCACCGGGGGAAAUACUAUAUUUGGUAUAAAACCUCACAAUCAACAGUUCCUACUGCAACACCACGGGGAUUGAACUAAGCAUAAAAAACAGAGUCUAUGGCUGUCCCGGGGAACUCACUAUGGAGGCUGCUUCUCUGUGCGUAUUUUGCGCUCACGGUCGGAGCGGACUGCGAGAAGGACUGUGCGCUCUGCCUCAACCGCAUACUGGGACAACAGACGGCAAUUAACACUCUGACAUGCUCAAUAGAAUGUGAGGGCAGCCUGGACACCACGAAGCUCCGCCUCUGCCGAGACGUCCUAUUGGAGGAGGAGCCUGUCGCUGUUGACGAAAUCAAACAGGAAGAGGUGGAAGGCGAGCAGCACCAGCUGGCCAAGAAGUAUGGCGGCUUCAUGAAGCGCUACGGGGGGUUCAUGAUCAGGAGGAGCCCACCCGUACAGGAUGGAGGAGUGCAGGGAGGACAGAACAGCCCAGUGGCUGAGGAAGAGGACAUCCGUCUGGAAAUCCUGAAGAUCCUGAAUUCAGAGGCCGAGGCACAGAGAGACGGAGAGUUGGCCAAGCGCUACGGGGGGUUCAUGAGGAGAGGGGGGGACUUCGGGGCUCUGGAGGUGGCGGGCAGGCCAUUGAAGAAGCGUUAUGGGGGCUUCAUGAGGAGGGUAGGGAGGCCUGAGUGGCUGGAGGAUCAGAAGAACAAGGGGGGGCUCCUGAAACGCUCCUGGGAGGGGCAGGGGGUUGACUCCCCCCUGGCUGAGAUACAGAAGAAAUAUGGCGGAUUCAUGGACUAGGGGCGGCCCCUUCUCCAACCACUCCUGAUGAGUCUGGACUCUCAAUAUUGAUCAGAUGAUCCAUUCUUAUUCUGUUGUUGUGCUUGUACUGUGCUGCUUUUUGUUUGUUUGGGUUUACUGUGACAAAAAAACACUUAGCCUAUCAGGUGAUGAUAACUACAUUUAUGACAACCAGUACUGUAUGUUUUAUGGGUUUGGUUAUUUAUAAAUUAACCUGUGUUCAUUGUGGUGUGCGCGGGCUGGGGCAUGUGUGGAAAACCAAUCAUGGCAUGACCUGUUUGCUCUCUCUCUUUGACUUGCCACUGUUUUUAAAUCGAUAGUUAACUUUUUUGAAGUGUUAGUUGAUUUUAGACUUACCUAGUGUAUUGUUGUGUCAUCCAAACCAUUUUUAAUGGUUGGUUAUUUAGUAUUGCCCAGAAUCUCUUGGCAAGGCAAGAUGAAAAUAUGUCGGUGGCUAGACCUACUUUCCACCGUGCUCACACUUAUCUCAGUAUGCUGAUGUCGAAACAUGUUGCUUUCAGUUGAAAAUGUCCUCGUUUUGUGUUCUUUCUAUAGAGAACAGAACAGCAUUUGAGACCAAUUAGUUGUACAAAACCUAAUAAACCCAUGAAUCCUGCAGAAAUAA